UCUGUAUUUAAAGCCUUGCAAUCUCUUUAUAUUAAUACUUCAUUUACUUAGAUAAAUAAAAACGGCAGUGGAUUUAAAUCAACUUUGAUUUUGUUUACUUUCUUCUUUUCAUAAUGGUAUCAAAGUUACGAUAUUUUGUAAAAUAUCGUUCGCGGCCUGGCUGUUUGUUAACACAUAUUUCAUUGCUCUCGGGCUAGGCACCUGUGUUAUGGAUACCAAGAAGAAGCAGACUUCUGAUGAUAAGGGCAAACAAAAAUAUUUAAUUAUAUUUGAUUUUGAUAAUACACUUAUCUCAAAAAAUACAGACCAAGAAAUAAUAAGAGCACAAUCAUUAGUUGGGAAAUGCGUUUCAGCCAAAAACUGGUUCACAAAUACAGUGGGGUGGGCUGAAUCGAUGUCAUUUACGUUGAAAGAAUUACAUGAGAAUAACUUCUCCAAACAGGAUGUAGAUAAUAUCAUCAAAACCAUACCUCUUUUGGAUGGUAUGCUUAACGCAAUAAAUGUUUUAAAAGGUAAAAAAGAAAAUCUUGAACUGGUCAUGGUAUCACAUUCAAACUCUUAUUUUAUCGAUGUUUUGCUAAGGGAAUUCAAUAUGAGUAGCUUGUUUGACACUAUAUAUACCUACGAAUCUGAGUGGACAAACGAACAGUUAUUUAUAAGGCCCUAUGAUGUGCCACAUACGAUGUGUGAGUUGUGUCCCAUUGAUUUUUGUAAAGGUGUGUGUGUAGAAACGCAUAAGGAAAGAAUGGAUUGGAGAAAGGGCGAAUCUUACAAAAGCAUUGUCUACGUUGGAGAUGGAACUGCUGAUUUCUGUGCUGCGUUAACUUUGUCCAAAGACGACUACGUUUUAGCAAGAAGUGAUUAUUCCUUGCACAAAAGAAUUUUAAAAGACAAUGGAAAGAACUUGAAAGCUAAUCAUGUCGUUUGGAAAAAUGGUCAUGAUGUAGCUGAUUUUUUCAAUAAACUUUUCAUGUAAACACGAUCUCUUAUCGUGCAUACA